CAUUAGGGCAGGCGGAGUUUGGCCGUGAUGGCGCUGCCUUUCUUGGGCGCGAACUUGCUGCAUCGUCCCCUUCAGCUCUCUCAUUCGAGCGGUGGCGACUCCGCCUGCACUUCCCGACCGCAAUCAUGGCCAACGUAGUUACCCAUCCGCACCUUCAGGUCGACUUCCCCCGCCCCGUGAACCCCUCGCACGCCCCUCUGGGAUUCGGCUUCGGGCUCUCCACCACACCUUCUAUGGCAGGCUGGGCGGCCACGCCAUCCCAUGCGCCGUCAUCCCCAUGGCAUCUCGCCACCAGUGCACAAUCCGCUGCGCCCCGCCCCCAGAAGAGACGACACGAACCCGAUGAAGAGAGCGAGAAUAGGCAUUCGAGGGAUGAUGAAAUGGACAGAAGCCCCACCCCAGAGCGCCCCAAACGAGCCGUACCGAAACGUGCACGCACCACGCCCGCAGUCUCGACUGCCAAAGAUGAGAAGGGCGGCAAGGCGAACAGGUCAUCGGCGAAUGACGAGAACGACGUGGAUGUGGGAGUGUUGCUAGCGAGCCUCCCUCCCCAGUCUCUGCUCCCACUGCUCACAUCGUUGCUGGCUGCUCAGCCAUCGCUCAAACUCACGGUUCUCUCGCUCAUUCCAAGGCCUACGCUUGAUACCGCCACCCAAGCCCUUGACCACGCGGCAAACAAGCUGCGAGACGCGUACCCCUACUCGAACACGCCUUUCUCGCAGCCUGGGCCUUCAUCAUUUGGCUUAGGGUCAGGAGGCUUUGGUAACAAUCGCUCGAACGCACAAUCCGCCACAGGUUUCGGCUUCGGUCGCCCCUCAUCAACAUCUGGCUUCGUAGCAUCCGGCCAAUCAGGCGGCAUGCGAGAUGAAUAUAUCCUGUCUCGUCUCCGCCCACACAUCAAUGACUUUGUGGCUGCAUGCCAAUCAUACCUCCCUUAUUUCUCCUACGUAACUGCACCCGCCGCGAUGACCUCGACCGCAUCCGCCUCGCCGAAGACGAACAUGCAGUCGCAUGCUGCCGCUUUGCAGUCCCAGCACAAGGACCGCUCGCAUCCCACAGAAACCUUCCUACUCCUCUCGUCGCUUACGGCACACGUUCUCAAUCAGCCGGCGCUCACGCAGUCGGCACUGGUGCCCAUGAUCCUCCCCCGUCUCGUCGAGGAGUGGAAAGCCUGGCUUGAUCGUGUCGACCAGGUUGUCAAUCGUGAAAGUGGGAUGUUUGGCUCAGAGACUGUACGGACGUGGGAGAGGUGCUUGGACGAGUUCGCGCAGGCGCAAGGAAACGGUCUGGAGAUCCUGCAGCAGCUACGCGACCACUGGGUGAUGCGAGUCGGAUGGUUAGUGGGGAGGCAGCCGAUGCAGGAGCUGUAGUUGUUGCUAGAGCCAUUGUGGCCUCCCGUGUCUCUGGUAUGACUUCUAUUGCUUAUGCGUAGGUAUUGCUUCUGUCCACUCUCAUUCACCACAUUCAUGCUGUCUGCAAUCCCCGUACGCUCAUUUGACGAUCUCUCAUGACCGAUAAUCAUUGAUUCCCUUGCUUAUCCGCACGUGUACUCUCGCCGUUGCAUCCUCGUCUGGAAUUGUUGCUAUGUUAGUUGGGCUCUUAUUGCGCCGUCUCGAAUACAUGCCUUUGGAACAUGC